GUGUAUUCUUCUUCUUGAUUUAGUUCUUUACGCGUACAAAUCUGAAGUACAAUUGGAAGCUCGCGUCUGCCACCCACCGUCGUGUCGGGGAACAUUUGCAAAAAGGAGAAAAGCUGAUCAACGUACCGUUACCAUGCAACGGAACAGGACGCCAGUGCAUCCUUGCCACCAUUUUUGCCUAGGUAGCUAGCUCAGACUCUCAUCUAUGCGUAAAUGUAAAGUUUUAAUGUGGCAAGACAUUGAACAACACAGCUUUAAAUAUUGCCGUUAACUUUCCGUCACUCCGAUAUGUUCGCAGAAGAACGUGCCCAUCAGAUUUGUGUGAUAAGACGUUGCAUAACAGGCCAUUUGUAUGCGCUAGCUAGCGUUAGCUAACUAGCUAACGUUAUUUGUUAACUCUAUUGUUAACUCUAAUCUGUUUACGCUAAAUAAGUAGCUAGGUAGGCAAGUACCAAAGCAUUUCACUUCAUGGCGGAUGGUGGCUGGAGUACAGAUAACGGAGAGGCGGUGUAUCGUUCUCGAGAUGCAAUCAAAAAUCUAAAGAUAAGGGUGAGGGUGCAACGUGUGACGUCCACAGCAGUCCUCUCCCAACAUCUGCAGCACCAGGUGUUGACGCAGCAGGAGAGAGGAGUAAUCGAGCUUGACACCUUCAACUCUCAGUUAAGAUCAGGUCCUGAUGAUGAUGAGGUGCUGGCUGUCGGCUGGCAGGAAAAGCUCUUUAGUCAGUAUGAAGAGGAUCUGUACCAGUCAGAGACAGGCUGCCAAACUCCACUGGAGAAGCAGUAUCACACUGAGAUCCUGGCUCUACAGCGAGGGAAAGGAAGGCGCAAUCGCCGCAUUUUCACAUACACAGACUUUGACCGCUUUACAAACUGGGAAGAGCACUCUCAGAACCCAAUCAUACAGGCAAAAUUUGCCCCUACGUUUCUAGCCGAACGGAUGGCAAACAUCAGACACCGCAAGCAGGAGAGACGCACUGUGGAUGCCAGUGUGGCUAAAGCUCGGGUAAUAACCUGGGAGCCCUCGGAAGAGUUUGUGAAGAACAGCCAUGUUAUUAACACCACCGUACAGACCAUGCACAUCAUGGGGGACCUGGGUCCCUCUGGGAAGUUGGGUCUAAAAGAAAACGAGUAUGUACUUUGCACGAUCAGAGCCGACAGCAAUGGAGUUAUCACCAUCAAACCAGACUUCAACAACAGCAAAGGGCCUUACAGGGUGGAGACGGAGGGGGAGAAGAAGGAGGUGUGGCGACUGACGCUAGUGAACGCCGCACCGGGCAUCAGUGUGGAGGAGAAGGAUCGAGAGCUGCGCAUGUACAAAGAUCUUUAUGUUCGCCAUAGAGAUUACCUCAACAGCCUGGUUGGACCGGACUUUGAAAUGCCUCCUAUUGGAGUACUUCGGCUGCUUAUAAAUGGCGAGAUUGUUUCAGCCAAAGGGUUUGAAUACGACAACCUCUACAUCCACUUUGUCCUCGACCUUCCAAACAACUGGUUCGGCCUGCCGUUUGAAGCUCUCUCAGGGGUCACUCAGACGUGCCAGACACGCACCCUGGGAAAGGACAACGUGGCUUUCUUCUCCUACCCUUUUAGCUUUGAGACGUUCUUCCGGAAGGACGAUGAGAGCGAGGAGUCUCUGCCCCAGUGGCCUGUUCUCUACUUCAAGGUUCUCUCCCUGGAUUACUGGCAGCGCUACAGAACUGAAGGCUAUGGAUACCUGGUCAUACCCUCUGUCCCAGGCAACCACAGUGUGACUUGUGAGACAUGGAGACCUGUACAGAACGGCACAGUGGCAGAGUUGAGGCGAUUCUUCAUCGGCGGGUCCCCUGAACUGGAGGAUAACAGUUAUGUGCGAAUACCAAGUACUUUCAAGGGAGAGCGAUUGAGUCGGUUUGGCUUUCGCACGGAGACUAGUGGGAGUGUAACGUUUACUCUCUACUGCCUCCAGCAGGCCAGGGCUUUUGUUGACGCAAACACGUUGAGGAGGAGGAGACAGACUGUCGAAGAUCAGCUCGGGGGCUACAGUCAGCGGAAAUCUGUGCAGCAGAUAAUGGACCUUUUUGAGGGGGCGCGCGGUCGGAUGCGUGCGGCCAGGGAGGCCUUUCCUGACAACGCCGUCAGUGUCAUCACUACCCAGAGCUCCGAGUCCACUGCAUGACCGCAGCAGCAGGUGCAGGGGCAGGAGCAGGAGCAGGAGCAGGAGCAGGAGCAGGAGCAGGAGCAG